GACGAUAACGAUGAAGAACAGGACGAUAACAAAGAACAGGACGAUAACGAUGAAGAUCAGGACGAUAACAAAGAACAGGACGAUAACGAUGAAGAACAGGACGAUAACGAUGAAGAACAGGACGAUAACGAUGAAGAACAGGACGAUAACGAUGAAGAACAAGACGAUAACGAUGAAGAUCAGGACGAUAACAAAGAACAGGACGAUAACGAUGAAGAACAGGACGAUAACGAUGAAGAACAAGACGAUAACGAUGAAGAUCAGGACGAUAACAAAGAACAGGACGAUAACGAUGAAGAAAAGGACGAUAACGAUGAAGAACAGGACGAUAACAAAGAACAGGACGAUAACGAUGAAGAUCAGGACGAUAACAAAGAACAGGACGAUAACGAUGAAGAUCAGGACGAUAACAAAGAACAGGACGAUAACAACAAGACGAUAACA